AUGGUUGUGUUAAGUACACAUACAGAUUUGAUGGACGAAAACGAAAAGAAGUCGUUGUUUGAAAAAAUUGGACUCCAAUGCCCCAUUCUUCUCUCCUACGACCUCCCAGAAUUGAACUAUCAACAAUGUGAUCAACAAGAAAGAAUAAUGAAACAUGUUCGUGUACUCUCCUCUACUGCUGGCUCAUAUGUCCUUGAAAACACGAAUAUUCCUGUUUCUCAGCCAAACAGGGCCUCGUUAGUCUCAAGAGUGGAGGAUCACUUACAUUGUUCAGUAUGCUCGGUAACCUUACCAGCUUACGUGUGCAGUCACCUACUAUCAAUUUUCAAUGAGACUAGUGAUGAGGAGAAUGAAGAAAUCGAUUUGACCGACUAUGAGAGAACUACUCAGAGUGAAAGUAGAUCAGAAAUCUCUUACGAAGUUUCUAACACACAUAACUCGCCAACGCAGCACAUUUAUCUCAACUCUUCCUCUUCUUCUCUAAACGAAUCUUCAGAUACACUAUCUUCUAGAAGAUCCAGACAAAUUCCUGUUUCAAUUCCAACAUAUCCUCAAAGACAACAGUAUGAGGAUGACAGAAGAAAACGAGAGCAAGAAGAACAAAGAAAGCGUGAUCUAGAAGAUCAAAGAAAACGAGAGCAAGAAGAACAAAGAAAGCGUGAUCUGGAAGAACGAAAGCGAGAACAAGAAAGGCAAAAACAGUAUGAAGCAGAUUUGAAAGAUUUUGAGAAAAGAAAACAAGAGAAGCUGAAGAAGGAAGAAGAAUUUGAGAAAAAGAAACAAGAGAAAACUAAGAAAUCUCAGGAAGAGGCUGAAAGAAAAGAAGUCGAAACGUUGAAGAAACAGCGGAAAGAAGAAGAUUGGACA